CGGGGCUUAGAAGUCUAUCUCUGGCUGCAUGGCGUGAGCGAGCGGCUAGUGGGCGCGCCCGCUGCGACGUUGCGGAGGCUUCAACAUGGCGGAAGCCCUGACAACUCAGGAGCAGCUGGCUGUAGAGGAGUUCCUGAGUGAGGUGCGGAGCAGGGAGCAGCCUCACAGUGCUGGGCUUGUCUCUCAACCUACAGCUGUUAAGUUUCUUAUGGCCCGCAAGUUUGACGUCUCCAGAGCCAUCGAUCUUUUCCAAGCAUACAAGAACACAAGAAUCAAAGAGGGCAUAAUCAAUAUCAACCCUGACGAGGAGCCCCUACGCUCUGAGCUGCUGAGUGGCAAAUUUACAGUCCUGCCUGGCCGUGACGCAAAAGGUGCUGCUGUAGCACUCUUCACCGCUCGACUUCAUCGACCAGACCUCACCACCCACAAAGCUGUUCUCCAGGCCAUCAUCUACCAGCUAGACAAAGCCAUAGAGAGUGUUCAAACUCAAAGGGAUGGGCUCAUAUUUAUUUACGACAUGACCAACUCCAGUUAUGGAAAUUUUGACUAUGAGCUCUGUGUCAAGAUUCUCAAUUUGCUCAAGGGGGCCUUUCCAGCUCGUUUAAAAUGUGUCUUCAUUGUGUCCUCACCUCUUUGGUUUCGAGCACCUUUCGCGGUUCUUCGCCUCUUUGUACGCGAGAAGCUGAGAGAAAGGGUCUGCACAGUGAAAGCUCAUGAGUUGGCAAGUCAUAUCCCAGUUUCCUCCCUCCCCGAACACCUGGGUGGGACAUCCCAGUAUAACCACGUGGCUUGGAUUCAAUCCUGUGUUAAUGUAAACACAAACAUUGUUCAGGGUGACACAAAAGAACAUGACUGCGUGGGAAGCCUGUUGCGCUCUUAUAGCUUAGAGAAUAGCAACACAAGUGUAGAUGCAACACUGUCCCACGCGCAUAUAAAUACACAAAUAGGUCCUGAGAUAGCUGUGGCUAACUCUAACUGCUAUGAUGAUAGCAACGCAAACCCACACAACCACUGUGUUGUGGAGAGCAGGACUCGAGGCCAAGGCCAGCACCAACAUAGUCCAAAUUCUGCUGCGGACAGAUCGCAAGUGAACCACCAACACUGGAAUGGCUCAGCAGUGAGCGGAGCCAACAUGGCUGUCAUUGGCUCCAGCGCCAAUGCUAACAUUAAUGGUAGUGGCUGCCAAGCUCCUCCCCAAUCAGACACUCCUCCUGAUACACCCCUCUCAAAGAAAACUGAUGGGGCUGUGGUGAGCGGCAAUGAGGGUGUAGAGGAGGAGUAUGAGGAGGGUGAGGAGGAAGGAGUGCCUCCGUUGCCUCAGAAAUCUCAGCCUCGUCCACCCAACCAGCCUUCCUCACAAUCCCCACCGCUGUCCUCAUCUUGGGGUCCUGAUGAUGAGAACCACUGCAUGGAGGUGUCUGUUCACAUGCCAGAGCAGGGAGCCAUGACGGUGCAUGACCUGGUGGAGUAUGUGAAGAGGAAGAAGAAGAGGGGGAUCUAUCAGGAGUAUGAGGAGAUCCGCAAGGAGCCUCCUGCAGGCACCUUUGACUACUCUAAGAAAUUGUCCAAUCAGGUCAAGAACAGGUACAGUGAUGUUCUCUGCCUCGACCAGUCACGAGUUCGACUGUGCCCGCUCUCUAAUGAUGAGGAUGAGACAUCAGAUUACAUCAAUGCUAGUUUCAUGGAUGGGUACAAGAGGAGCAACGCCUACAUCGCUACUCAGGGUCCUUUGCCAAAAACCUUUGCUGACUUCUGGAGGAUGGUUUGGGAACAGAUGGUACUUAUCAUUGUAAUGACCACCAGGGUGGUGGAGCGUGGACGUGUCAAAUGUGGACAAUACUGGCCUCUUGAGGAGGGCAGGACUGAACAGCAUGGAUACUUCUUGGUCAGGAAUACACACAUCCAAGUGUUUCAGGACUUCAAACUGUCCCAUCUUGAACUGUACAACACACAGUCAGGAGAGAGGCGGGAAGUGUGCCACUACCUCUAUGUCAGCUGGCCGGACUUCGGAGUGCCCAAGAGUGCUUCUGCUAUGUUGGACUUCCGUGAACAUGUUCUGCAAAGGAGGGAAGCUGCAGUCCAGACCUUGGGAUCCACCUGGAGAGGGCCACCAGGGGGCCCCCCUGUGGUUGUGCAUUGCAGUGCUGGCAUUGGCCGUACAGGUAAAGACUAGGGAUGCUCUUGGCAGCUAAUUUCU